GGUGUGGGGUGAAUGGAGGAGGAUAGUAGGCUACUACUACUGCAUGGACCGGUGCGGAGGAGCAGCAAGUCUCUGUGAAGACGCACAACAAAAACCAAGAGGAGCUGACGCGCAGAGCCGAGCCGUGAUUUAAUGGACUGAUAUUUUUUGCCCUCUCUCUCUCUCCCUCUCUCAGAAAUGACAGCAAAGCUUCUGUUCAACAAGUAGGAGAGCUGUUUAGCUGUUGGCACUUUGCACUGCACCUCAACCUGCAUCUGGAGUGACUUUUUUUUCUUCCUUUUAUUACAAACAUUCACCUUGCAGACAUAUUUUUUGGAUCAGGACGCAAUAAAUGAUGCCGCAAUGGUCAGGUAAAAAAAAAAGAGAAGAGAUUAGAGGGUAUGCAGUGAAAUAAUCUGACUCAUUCAUGUAAAUAAAAUCUGAUAUUAUUUUUUAAAAACUUAAAGGAAAGUGCGUCCACUUUUUCCUCAGUAAUAAAACAAUUUGGAAUCAGCCUGAGGACGUUUGUGUCUUUACCUCAUGAGCUCAAUGUUUUCUACCUGUAGACCGGCAAAGUGACAGAAUAUAUUUGUGAGGCUACAUGAAUGGAAAAGGAGGCACAGCGUCGCCUCUGAAGGUCCACGCAAAGUGUGGGGUGUGGAGACCCUGUGCGGGAUUUAGAUGAAGUGAGCUGAUUUUUAAAUCCAAAUUCAUCCUCAAACAUAUCAAGAUACUCAUCAUGCACUAAAUUCCAUGUGAGAAACAUCCUCUUUAUUAGCUGACUCCCUCUGAAUGCACUGAUAGAAAUAGAAAUUGUGAAUUUUAUAUUCCAAUCUGAACUGCUGGGUACCCACAGACCUCCUGCUGCUGGCCUGGGAUCUGAACCAGAGGCACACUUUAAGAGCUAAAAUAUUUUUUUCCUCUUUUAUCUUCACACCUUCCCUGACCUGAGAACAUGUUGUUGAUCAGACUACUGGCCAUCUUCCUCGUCCUCAUCACAAACACAUGGCUGCUCAACCCCGUUCGCUCCGAUGCGCUCAGCCGGCACAAACGCGCCAUGGCCCGGCGGGCAGACCGCGAGCUCUCCAGGGUAGCAGGUGAACCCUGCACCGUCUCCGGCGUCUGGAGGUCCCGGCGUCAACCCCGCUCCCUCUCCCCGUCCCAACACCGCCCUCCAGCGGCCCGUCCGAGGACACACACGAGCCGGAGAGAGCUGUACACUGUCAAGAGCACUCCUGCGGUUUGUGCAGGAGGGUGCACGUUUGAUACCGGGGUGCACCGGGUCGCUCCGGCGGGGCAGGAUAAGGGAGUGUGGGGUGACACGGAGGACGCGACGGCGGGAGCGGGGACCAGAUACGUUACGUUGCACGGACGGCUUUAUGAUGACGGGAGAGACCCGCAUCAGGUCCGUGUAGGCACCACACAACAGCCCGGGGCGGCUUUACUGAAGGACGCCGGGCACAGGGUCUCCUCCCCGGGUCACGCGCAGAACCCGCGCGGCUCCCGCUCCAGGUUCACCCGCAGCAGCCACGACGGGACGAUUCCUUACGAGGACGAUGGCAACUCCAGCUUGGAGCGACUUUCCCCCGACAGCUCAACGGAUUCCAGGGGGCUCCAGGUCCUCUAUAGGCUGCAGCUGGGAGAUGGAGACCAGCAGCCCUCGACCGGAGCCCCGGACGACGCUACCGAGGACUACUCUGGGGAGGUGGAGGAGGCGGAUCCGACGACGAGCCUGCCCGUCGGUGGCACCUCUCCUUGGGGGAGCCCCGUCCCUAGGGUGCCCCCUUCCUGGAUGACCGCCCUGUACUUCAGCGGGCGUCGGGAGCAGCUGAAGGUGAAGCCGGCUGCAGGGGUGGAGCUGCCGAGGGCCAAGUUCAGCCUGGAGCUGUGGGUGAAGCCCGAGGGGGGUCAGAGCAACCCUUCCGUCAUAGCAGGUGUAUUUGACAACUGUUCCCACUCACUGAGUGAGAAGGGCUGGUCGGUAGGCAUCCGCACUGUGGAAUCUGCUGGCACCAAAGAUGCACGGUUCUACUUCAUGCUUCGCACAGACCGAGCCGUAAAAUCCACCACUGUCUAUAGUCACCAGCGGUACCGGGCCAACGUCUGGACUCACCUGAUGGCCACUUACAACGGUCUCCACAUGACCCUGUAUGUUGAUGGAGCUAAGGUGGGAGAAAGUAGUCUCCAGUCAGGGAAUCUCUAUAAUCCCUUCAUGAAGGCAUGCAGAACUCUCUUCUUGGGCAGUAACCAAUCAGAUCAAGGACCCAGCUUCAGGGGCCUUAUUGGAGGUGUGGUCUUGUGGGGCUAUGCCCGCUCUCAUGAGGACCUGCUGAAGCGGCCACUUCAGACUGACAAAAGCGAGCCAAUCUUGGCCAUGUGGGCUGACUUCGCUAAAGUGGAACAGCUGUGGACUCCAUACAAAACUGGCCUCCAUCCGACUGUCAUCACCACUCCUGUCCCUGAACAAGAACUUGUCUCGUCGUUCCUGCCGCCACCCUGCGGCCUGACACCCUGCGACAACACAGACACAAUCUUGGGCUACAACAACAACUGGCAGCUCCGUGCCCCCAAACGAGUUCGCUACCGGAUCGUCAACCUUUGCGAUGACGAUGGUGGAAACCCCACCGUGUCACAAGCCCAGAUCGAGCUCCAGCAUCAAGCUCUCACUGAGGCUUUUCGUCCAUACAACAUCACUCUGGAACUUAGCUUGCACACUGUCAAAAACACCAGCCUCCGACAGCAGUUUAUUCUCAGCAACUGUCGUAUUCAGAAGAUUGGGGACCGCCAGUGUGACCCUGAGUGUGACCACCCAAGGACGGGACACGAUGGAGGGGACUGCCUAAGAACGGGGCCCUGCUACAACUGGAAGAAACAGGAUGGAGUUUGUAACAUGGAGUGUAACAGCAGGCACUAUGAUUAUGAUGAUGGAGACUGCUGUGACCCAGAGGUGACCGAUGUCCUUAAGACCUGCUUCAAUCCUGCGUCCCCUGACAGAGCCUACAUGAGUGUGAAAGAGCUGAAGGAGGAGCUGAACCUGAGCGGCACUGACACACUCAACGUCUUCUUUGCCAGCAACUCGGUGCGUGAAGAGCUGGCUGGAGCUGCAACCUGGCCCUGGGCGAAGGAGGCUCUAACCCACCAAGGUGGGAUGGUGCUAAACCCGUCCUACUUUGGUACCAUGGGUCACCACAACACCAUGAUCCAUGAGAUGGGUCACAUCUUGGGGCUGUAUCACGUCUUCAAGGGGGUGAGCGAGCGCGACUCCUGUGAUGAUCCAUGUCAGGAGACCACCCCGUCCAUGGAGACAGGAGAUCUGUGUGCCGACACCGCACCAACACCCAAAUCCAAAGUCUGCCACGAUCCCGGAGCUGUCAAUGAUACCUGUGGAGUCACCACGUACCAGGACACACCUUACAGCAAUUACAUGAGUUACACAGAUGACAACUGCACCGACCAUUUCACUCCCAACCAAGUGGCCCGGAUGCACUGUUAUCUUGACUUGGUCUACCAGAAGUGGCUGACGGAACAGAGACCUGCCCCCAUCCCUCUGGCCCCCAUAGUGACAGACCACAGUCCGGAUUCUGUCUCCAUCUAUUGGGUGGCACCUAUAAGGGGACUGCUGUAUCAGAGCUCUUCAGUCCAGAUGUCUGCGAUCAGCUGUGGAGACUGCGAGAGAGAUGGCGUUUUCCACCAGUACGCCUACGAGGCGUCGUCCCCUCGCAUCUGUGACACGUCAGGCUACUGGACACCCGAGGAGGCAGUCGGCCCACCUGAUGUGGAGCAGCCAUGUGAUCCCAGUCUCCAGGCCUGGAGUCCAAUGCUCAACUUUCCGGACACCAACGUGACGUUGCCGUGUCCUGACUUAGAGGGCUGCACCCUCACUUUGAAGUUUCUCCACCCAGUCGUUCCACAUGCUCUCACCCUCUGGGUCACCUACAUGUCUUCACACAACCCAGCCAUAGAUAACAUAGAGCUGAUAACGGACACGGGAAAAAUCAUCAACCUCGGACCCCAGCACGUCUUCUGUGACAUGCCCUUCACUCUGCGCCUCGACACCCACAACGCCGCCAUUGCCGCCAUAAAACUCUGCACCUUCGAUGAGAAGAUGGAGAUUGAUGCCGCCAUGUUAUCUUCAGGUCCCAGCAGCCCCAUGUGCUCCAGCUGUCAGCCUCUGCUGUACAGGAUUCAGAGGAAGCCGUCCUUCACCAGCAAACCCCCGUCACCUCAGACCCAGCAGACUUUCACAGACAGCUAUGUAAAGCAGGGAGUCAAGUACCAGUACAUGAUCCAGGUGGAGGCAGAUGGUGUCCUCAGCGAUUUCUCCCCACCUCUCCUCUACACUAAUGGGCAGCCUUACUGUGGAGAUGGCUUCAUACAAGGGUCAGAAGAGUGUGACGACAAUAAUCUGUUGGAUGGUGAUGGCUGCUCUAAAAAAUGCCACAAGGAGAUGGGCUUCAACUGUAAGGGUGAACCGAGUCAGUGUUAUGUUUUUGACGGUGACGGCGUGUGUGAGGAGUUCGAACGCGGCUCCAGUGUUCAGGACUGCGGUUACUUCACACCUUUGGGCUACAUAGACCAGUGGGCGUCCACUGCCACUGCUUCUCAUCAUGAUCCCAACCACUGUCCCGCCCAUGCUGCCACCGGGGAGCCGUCAAUUACCAAGCUCUGCAGGUACCAGCACCUGGAAGUGAGUGAGAAACUGCCCACCGACGCCUGGUUCCCGUGUACCGCGCAGACCGACACAAACAAUGACCUCGAACAUUCAUUCUGGCUGAAGGUGGGAUUUGCCCAUCCUGGAGUGGCAGCCUCUGUGAUGGUCUACCUGGCUGCAGAUGGGUCGUGGUCUGGGGAGCAAUGUCGGAGGACAGCCACCAUCCUCCUGUCUGAUACCACUGGCAAGAACCACUCACUAGGAACACAUGACCUCUCAUGCCAUCGGAACCCGUUGGUAGUGAACGUGACCCACGACCUGUCUCAGCCUUUCUUCAUCACGGCCUCUGUUAUCCUCCUCUUCUCCUCCCCCGCUGUGGCAGUGGGAGGUGUGGCCCUGAGGACAUCCUGCCACUUCAGCACCUUCGCCCUGACCGGCUGUUUGCGGCAGCCGUGUCAGAUGGACGGCUGCAGCCCUCCACAGUUAGAACACGCCACUGUCAGGUGCACAGGAGGAGGGGAGUCCUCUCGCUGCUCUGUAGAGUGUCACCGUGGUUUCAGCAUCACUAUCAUCAACGGCAAGCCAAACCCACCCCAGCAGAGAGAAACCCACCUGGAGUGCUUCCAUGGUUCAUGGGAUCGUGUAGUUCGCUGUCAGCCUGUAGACUGUGGCCUGCCUGAUCAGUCUCAUGUCUACCAUGCCAUAUUCAGUUGCCCCUGGGGAACCACCUUUGGCAAACAGUGCUCAUUCACCUGUGGAUCACCAGCUAUACUACAAGGUGACAGCGACAGGUUGGUGUGUUUGGAGGAUGGUCUGUGGUCUUUCCCAGAGGCCUACUGCAAGAUAGAGUGUCCAGAGGUCCCAAACAUACCCGAUGCCAAGUUGCUAACAGCAGACUGUCUGGCCUCAGAGCACGAUGUUGGCUCUGUCUGCCGUUAUAAAUGCAACCCAGGUUUCUAUGUAACAGGGAGCCUCAAAAAGAAGACGCCGAGGAAGUACUUCAAGUUGGAGUGCCUGGAGGGGGGCCAGUGGGAGGAAACAAGCUGCGAGCCGAUGUCCUGCCCAGCCCUACCUGAUGUAUUCCAGGGCAUGUAUACCUGCACCAAUGACCUGUACUAUGACACCCGCUGCACCCUGCAGUGCCCAGAUGCAACAGAGAGUAGUGAGAUUCGCUGCACCAAGGAUGGCGUAUGGACUGCAGAGUUCACCAUGUGCUCCAAGCUUCAGGGAUCAUGCUCUCCUCCUCCACAUCUCAAUUCUGUAGAGUACAGCUGUGACCAGGGGAUGGAUGUCGGUGCUGUCUGCUACCCAACAUGCAUUGUGGACCUGCUAGAUCCUGUGGUCCUGCCCAAUGGCACAACAGUUGACUCUUUAAAGCACUGGAUGCUGCCCACUGAAGUCCAGAGCAUAGUCUGCACAGGGAUGAUGAAGUGGUACCCUGACCCUCAAGACAUCCAUUGCAUCCAGUCAUGUGAGCCCUUUGAGGGGGACGGCUGGUGUGACACCAUCAACAACCGGGCCUACUGCCAGUAUGACGGAGGAGACUGCUGCCCGUCCACGCUCUCCACCAAAAAGGUCAUUCAGUUUGGGGCGGACUGCGACCAGGACGAGUGCACUUGCCGAGAUCCGGACGCUGAGGAGAAUAAGAGCAAAGCCAAACACUUGGAAGGAGGAGGAGGAGGAGGUGGAGGAGGUGGAGCCGGAGGAGGAAUGCAGUAAGAUGGAGGGAUGAAAGAGGCUGAACUUGUGUUAAACAGAGUCAAACCACAGACUAUACACCACAACAGACAAACAAAAAGAUAUUCAAUUUUUAACAUUUGUAAUGCAAAGAAUGUGAUUAAAGUCAGACCAUUUUUUAUUUUAUCAUGAGUGAUCUUACUGUCAGAAAGCAUCGCACACGAGUCAUGUGAAUCCUUUCUGCACAAACAAAUCUAAACAUCCACACAUCAAUGUGGUAUAUUGUUUUCUCUUCCUGUUAAGAUGUCAGGGGUUAUCAUCGCUGCUGGAUUUGUGUACGAGCAGAAAAUUAUAUUUUGCCGAACUGAGAAAACACUGAGGUCAAGUUCAAAUAGGGUUAAAAAGCCGUUUAUCCACUCUUGUACAAAUCAAGUCGUCGUAAUUGGAUCAAAUCACUAUUGUAAACGGAUUCAAGUCUUUUUCUGGACUUGAUUAGUUUCGGGAUAAAGAAACCAAAAGAACUGGCUGUGCCUGGAAACUGUUCAGCACAGGCACAGACCUUACAGUGAGGACUACUGCUACCAACUGUGUUUACUGUAGCAUCCAGUCAGAGGAGAGAUGUAAGCAUUCCAUAGAAUUAGUCCCACAUUCAAAUCGUACUAUAGCCAAAACACAGACCAGUUGUUGUUGAUGAACGGCAGUUCAGCGUUUUAACCGAUGGCUACUGAAAAUCAAAUGAGGACAAGCGGGACGAACGAUACUGUCCUCACGGCAGACCAAAACAAAUCCUCCAAAAUACAAAGAAAUCAGUGACACCCAUCACAUCCUUCUACAAAGACUUCUUUCUGACAUCUAGCUUGUUAGGAAUGUAAAAGGAAACAUAUCUGUAAAGACUAACCUGUAUAGACUAAUAUAUUUGGAUCACCUAACACAUGUACUACAUCACGUAUUAGUCACACGAGUCAACACUCUAUUUGUAAAACAAAUCCAGUAAUACAAACAUAUAUCUGUACCAUACAGCAUGUUGGGCUUCCCAAAGGUGUAUUUUCUGUUUAGCUGUAUUAACACAUAUUUAUGAGUAUAAAUAAUUACAUCCAAAUCGAAAUAGGGAAAGUCGGUAACAUCAAAUAUUGACUGUACAAUGUGAACAUUAUUGAUUUCCACUGAAACAAAGAUGCACUUAGAAUUGUAACAUUGGAGUUGAAACAAAGAGAAGAGUUUUUGGAAGCCUGAGCAUAUCUUUUGCUCAACACAGACUUCAAAUUUCUCCUGCUUGCAUGUUUGUAUGUUAGAACAGUUCUGGUAUCCAUUAGCCAGACAUGAUCCACAUGUUGUAUCUAUAAAAGUGUAAUCAUGUUCUUUGUGAUAUUUUACAGUACUUUAUACUCUAUAUGAAAUAAAUAGCAACUUUAUAUCGA